AUGGGUCUAAUUCAGAAUUUUUGGAUGGGACUUGCUAUUAUAGUCUUAGCCACUAUAAUUGAUCUAUUUGUUUUUUUCAAACUCCAAAAGCCAUAUUCGCAAGAUCGAGACAUUGAGGACCAUGUAUUUUUGGUUGUAGGAGCAAGAACUACUCUCGGAGAAUCUAUUGUUCGAGAAUUAGCCGGUCGGGGUGCCGAAGUCAGAGUAUUGUGUGAUUCCGCAGAUAAUAAGGAGAACGAUGAGUUUCUCGAAGGAAUGCGCCGUGACACAAGAUCCAAUAAAAUUGUCAAGGAAGAGUGUUCCUUGAAGCUGUAUGCUUCUAUUUACAAUUUUGUGAGUAAUUGGAAUGAGAACAACGACUUCAUCCUAGAUAGCGUUGUGUUUUGUGCCUUUGAAGACGAGCAAAAGGCCAGGAGCCAUGACGAGUGCCUCGAUCUGGUAAGAGUCAAUUUCUACUCGUACAUUCUCUUGUUUGAACUUCUUUUUUCAGAAAGCAUACCGCUAGAGAUGUGGCCCCGUUUCGUUUUUGGAUCCACGCGAUUUGCUGCAAAUAGAAUUGAAGUUAGAGAACAUUUGACAAAAGUGACUACCUGGUGGCAGGAAAAGAUCAACAGAGGGCCGGUUGACGGUAUGCCAUCAUUGAUUCUUGCCGAGCCCGACCACCACAGAUGUUCGUUAUUCGAAAAGCUUUGUAGCAAGUCGACGAUGAUGGAAUCGUUAUUCAUGAGAGUUUUCAUUCAGAAGGAUAUCAAAAAUUUACUCUUUGCUUUGCUUAAUCCUGACAUACCGAAUAGUCAAGAGGUACUGUUAGUUGGAAAUCACAAGUGGAUGAGACCUGUUCAGCCCAAUGCAAUUCAAAUAAGAGAAUGUGGCGCUUAUUAUGAAGAGCGGCUCAGAUUGAUACUGUGGUGGCAGGAUAAUGUGUUUUUCGAGUUUUCUCAGAAUAAUUCACCCUUCAAUACAAUCCUGUGGAACCCUAAAAUUGUUUGCAAUGAUAUCAUUGGAAAGACUGAUACUAGAACAAUUGGAAGUUUGCCUCAACAAUUCUCUCCCGAUGGGGAUGAUGAUACUCUUGUGAGUAAUAGUUCAUCUGAACAGGGAUCUGAGACUCAGGUACGAAAAUCGGACGAAUUUAGUAUCGAUGCGAAACAUUUCUUGUUCAAGAGAUUAAAUUGGAAAAUUACUUUUAAGAGAGACAAGUAA